UCAAACAGCGCGUGCUCCUCAGAUUUUACGUGUAUUUAUUGUUCUAAAUUGUUGUAAUUUGUAGUCAUAUUUUGUAAGAAAAAUUCAAUUUAAAAAAGCGCGAAUAUGUUGUGGACGGCGUGUCAAGUGUUGAGGAAAUUCUCCACUACGUCACAUUAUUACCAGAAUAAACUCAAACUGGCUAUAAUUGGCCAGAGCCUGUUUGGACAGGAGGUCUACAACAACCUGAGGAAACAAGGUCACAAGGUUGUCGGUGUGUUCACUGUCCCUGACAAAGAUGGCAAGGCAGACCCUUUGGCGGUGGCAGCUGAGAAAGAUGGGACACCUGUGUUCAAGUUCCCCCGGUGGCGGGUUAAAGGUAAACCAAUCCUAGAGGUGGUGGAUGCCUACAAGGCAGUGGGCGCAGAGCUCAACGUCAUGCCCUUCUGCUCACAGUUCAUUCCUAUGAACGUGAUUGACCACCCCAGGCACGGCUCAAUCAUCUACCACCCUUCCAUCCUGCCCCUGCACAGAGGGGCCUCUGCCAUCAACUGGACGCUAAUCCAUGGCGAUAAGAAAGCUGGUUUCACCAUAUUCUGGGCUGAUGAUGGUCUAGACACAGGUCCUAUCCUGCUGCAGAGGGAAUGUGAUGUAGAGCCCAGUGACACUGUGGAUACGCUCUACAACCGCUUCCUUUUCCCAGAUGGCAUCAAGGCUAUGGUGGAGUCGGUGCAGCUCAUCGCUGAUGGAAAGGCCCCUCGUAUUCCCCAGUCAGAAGAAGGAGCCAGCUAUGAAGGCAUUCAGAAGAAAUCCAAUGCAAAGGUCAACCUGGCCCAACCAGCUGAAGCCAUCCACAACUGGAUCCGUGGACAUGACAAAGUCCCCGGUGCCUGGACUGUCAUUGAUGACCAACCUGUGACACUGUACAGCUCGUCCAUGUUGGCGGGGUCGGUACCUGCCGGUCAGCCCCUGGAGAUCGAAGGAUCGCCUCAACCUGGCCUGAUCACAAAGAGCGGGCUGGUCCUGUAUGGAACUGAUGGCAAAGCUCUGGUGGUGAAGAACCUGCAGUUUGAAGAUGGGAAGAUGAUACCUGCUGCCAAGUACUUUUCUUCUGGAGAAAGCUCCAGUGUGGAACUCACCGAUGAGGAGAAAAAAAUGGCGGAAGAGAUCAGGAUGAUCUGGAAGGGAAUCCUCAGUAAUGUCCCGGUGAUUGAAGAUGCCACAGACUUCUUCAAAUCCGGAGCUGCCUCAAUGGAUGUAGUCAGGCUGGUGGAAGAGAUCAAGCAGAAGUGUGCAGGUGUGCAGUUGCAAAACGAGGACGUGUACAUGGCCACUACCUUCCAGGACUUCAUCCAGAUAUUCGUCCGUAAGCUGAGAGGAGAAGACCAGGAGAAGGAACUGGUUAUUGAUUAUGUGACCAAAGAAGUGAACAAUAUGACUGUGAAAAUGCCACACCAAUGUUUUAUCAAUGGCGCAUUUGAGGAUGCAGAAAAUGGCAAAACCUACAACAGCAUCAAUCCCACUGAUGGAUCAGUGGUCUGUAAGGUGUCCUACUCCUCGGUAGGAGAUGUUGACCGAGCAGUGGCGGCUGCAAAAGAAGCUUUUGAUAAUGGUCCCUGGGGCAAGAUGAACCCGAGAGACAGAGGAAGUCUGCUUUACAAGCUUGCAGACCUCAUGGAGGAGCACCAGGAGGAGUUGGCUACCAUCGAGUCCAUCGACUCAGGAGCUGUGUACACACUCGCUCUCAAGACUCAUGUAGGAAUGUCCGUCCAGACAUUCCGCUACUUCGCCGGGUGGUGUGACAAGAUCCAGGGUAAGACUAUCCCCAUCAACCAGGCCAGGCCCAACCGAAAUCUGACCUUCACCAAGAGAGAACCCCUGGGAGUGUGUGCGAUAGUUAUUCCUUGGAACUAUCCUCUCAUGAUGCUGGCAUGGAAGAGCGCCGCCUGCCUCGCUGCUGGAAACACACUUGUACUUAAACCUGCCCAGGUCACUCCACUAACAGCACUAAAGUUUGCUGAGCUGUCGGUGAAAGCUGGCAUUCCUAAAGGCGUCAUCAACAUUUUGCCAGGCUCAGGUGGCAUGGUCGGACAGCGCUUGUCUGAUCACCCAGACAUUCGUAAGCUGGGCUUCACAGGUUCCACACCCAUCGGCAAACAGAUCAUGAAGAGCUGUGCGCUCAGUAACCUGAAGAAGGUUUCUCUGGAGCUGGGAGGGAAGUCACCUCUCAUCAUCUUCAGUGACUGUGACAUGGACAAAGCUGUUCGCAUGGGUAUGGGCUCCGUGUACUUCAACAAAGGCGAGAACUGCAUUGCUGCAGGACGUCUGUUUGUGGAGGAGUCUAUUCACGAUGAGUUCAUCAGCCGAGUGGUGGAGGAGAUCAAGAAGAUGAAGAUCGGAGACCCGCUGGAUCGCUCCACAGAUCACGGCCCGCAGAAUCACAAAGCCCACCUGGACAAGCUGCUGGAGUACUGCGAGAUCGGAGCGAAGGAGGGAGCAACGCUGGUGUACGGAGGCAAGCAGGUGGACAGGCCGGGUUUCUUCAUGGAACCCACAGUGUUCACUAACGUGGAGGACCACAUGUUCAUCGCCAAAGAGGAGUCCUUUGGCCCCGUCAUGGUGGUGUCCAAAUUUAAAGACGGCGAUGUGGACGGUGUGCUGCAGAGAGCCAACGAUACAGAGUAUGGCCUCGCCUCCGGCGUGUUCACCCGUGAUAUCAACAAGGCCAUGUACGUGAGCGAGCGGCUGGAGGCCGGAACAGUGUUCAUCAACACCUACAACAAGACUGACGUGGCUUCACCAUUUGGCGGCUUUAAGCAGUCUGGCUUUGGCAAAGAUCUGGGAGAGGACGCUCUCUCUGAAUACCUCAAGACCAAAGCAGUGACUGUGGAGUACUAAAGCACGAACUCUGAUCCACAACUGAAAUGGAAGCAAAGCCGUUGGCCAUCAGGAAUCCAGCUUCACCUUCUGGAUGUGUGCACUGUACCAGAGAGAGCUGCAUUCAUGCACUUUUCCACAACAUGCCUCGUUUCUCAGCUCUCCACGCGUGUAGUUCACAGUACAGAUCAAAGGACACAUGCAGUUUUGACUUGGUGACAAAAAUACAGAUCAAAGGACACAUGCAGUUUUGACUUGGUGACAAAAAGGACAUCACUCGUAUUUUUUUGAAAUAAGGCAGUCCUGAGAUGGGAAGUGCAAGGCCUGAUGGGAACUUUAAACAUUUUCUAGGUUAAGACAACAGCUUUCCACAUGAAUGCUGUUGACCGUCGUUGCCCUUCAUCCCUGCUGCUGUUAAAUGCUGCCUUCACCGUUUCUUAAAAAGCUUGCUUAUUCUUUGGCAGCUUUGGUUCAGCCGUGCACAAAACAAUGAAGUCAAAAUUAAUUAUAGUCUAGUGUUAUCAGGAAGGGUGUGUUUGCUCUCUGGGGUGAGUUAGCUGAAAACAGCAUGAUGGGAAGCCGCGGUUUAGCUCUCAGAAAAACUCGUAGUAUAUAUACAAUAUUCUUAACUGCCUUCACUCCGUUUUGCUUUUCAGUUUAAGAGGGAUGUGUGCAUCAUUGAUUGGAAUACUAUACAUUUGUGGUAAUCUCACCCUCAUUUGCAUAACAAAAACCCCUUUUCUUCCCUUAAAAGCAGCGGAACCAGUCCCACAAUUCACAUGUUGGAUGUCAGUGGAACAUUGUCGCAUUUAUUCCAACGUCUGGAGGAUUGAUUUCAUGACCACCAGAUACAAGUAAUAAAAUACUUUUCUUACAGAGAAUUAACACAACUUUCCAGACAGCUGUCAGAAUAAACCCACAAAGACUUAGCAUGAACUCUUUCAAAGUAAGCUUGUUUUAUUUUACACAGUUUUAAGCAUUGUAAACUUGCUACCUCAAACUAGAUUGCAACCAGAAAACGUGGGGUGUCUUCAAACACUCCAGCAUGGACUCUGCACUUGCAGUUGCAUACAUUUUUUCUUUUACAAGCAACUAAUCACAUCCACACUACCAUAAGAGCCGAGGUAGCACCACCCAUUCAGCUUCAUUGGUCACUUUACAUGUUCACUCUACCCUUAUUUAUAAAUAUUUUUUAUCCAAGAAAAGGCGGAGGGGGGAGACAACUCCUGGAUAUAUUUUUAACAAAACUGUCAUUCACAUUGUGACACUAAUAUUUGUUGAAGAUGCACUAGCCUGCCUCUAGUAGUCUCCAAUUCUUAAAAAAAAAAAAAUGUAAAGGAGUUAUUUUCUUAUUUGGACAUUUUUGGUAAAAGCAGAAAGGGCUAAGAUGUGUUUUCUGGUGCACGGUGUUGUGCACAAAGUGGCAGCUGUUCCCUCAAUAAACUGUUUGUCUGAAGCUGUGAAU